AUGAGUAAACAAGACGAGGAAUCAAAAUUAUAAUUAAUCGAAUCCGCCUUUGAAUGCAAUAUAUGUUUAGAGAUAGCUACUGAACCAAUCCUUACAAAUUGUGGACAUCUAUUUUGUUGGCCUUGCAUCUUUAGUGUAUAUAUAUAUAUUAUUGAAUAAUUAGUGGCUAAAUUCAAACCAAGAAUUUCUAACUUGUCCUGUUUGUAAGAAUGGUUGCUCUAAGAAUUCUUUAAUUCCUUUAUAUUCGAAGGAUGAAGCAAAAACUAAGUAUUUUCAAUCAAGUAAAUUAGUAAACCACGCGAUCCUAAUAUUCCUCCUAGACCUAAACCAGGUAGAAACGAUCCUGUUAGGAACAACAACCAAAUUGGCUAAAAUAACUUAGCCAAUGGAGCAAUGAUUGCAGGCUAUGGAUUGUUUCCAUCUCUAUUUAAUUUAAUUUGUAUUAAAGAUGGAGAUAUAGAAAAAGAUGAGAGGCAUGAAAGUAAAUAUUGACCUGGAUAUAUUUUAGAUGAAGCAACUGUGGAAAUCGAAAAUGUGAGAAAAUUAAAGGCUAUUUAGUUUUUGUUGAUUUUAUGCUUAAUUAUGAUGAUUGUAUUCUACUUUUGA